CACCAACGGCGCUGUUAACACUGGCCAAAAGUAUAAACAAAAGGAGCAAUAGUAGUCGGCGGCUUCAACUCCGGUUUAAUUUUUUUAUAAAUAUAAUACUGACCAUGUCUGCCAUUUCGUCGGCUCGCGAGACGCUCUCGCAUGCACUGAACAACCGUCUCCUGCCCAACCUGGAGUAUCUGCUGCAGGGCUCCAUCAUGGACUCCGCCGUGGAGCAUUUGAUUCACAGACUGAAGGGCCUCUGCGACAAUGUAGACACCUCACCGGAACCGUUUAACGACCUGGAGGUGUGCAUGAGCCUGCGACAACCGAAUGCAACCCAGCCGUUGCUGCUCCGGGUGCGGAGAGCACUCAGUCGGGAUGCCCCCUUCCAGAUGCGCUACCUGGGCCAGCCGGAGGUCGACCAGAGGCGACCCACACUCGUGCGGAGCUGCAUGGACUGCGCCUGCACCAAUGGUAUCCUUGAGUUUCUCACCGAAAUGGGCUUCCGCUUGGAGUUCGAGUACAUAGCCAAGGGCUAUAUGUUUAGGAAAGGUCGCAUGAAAAUUACCGUCUCGAAACUGAUCAAAAUCGUUCCUGGCAAGCAACAGGACAUGGCCAACGAGCCGAUCUCCCAGAGCUACAUUGUCGAGCUGUCUGUGGUGGCGCCCACGGGACAGGAGAACGUUGGCGAGGAGAUGAGGGUGUUUGCGGAGCAGCUCAAGCCACUGGUGCAGCUCGAGAAGAUCGACUACAAGCGUCUGGGAGGCUUGCCGUAGAAUGGAGAGCACAUCUUUUGUAUUUCCUCAACAGUUAUUUAAUGGCUUAUAGAUUAGAAACAUAGAAAAAUA